AUGAGGAGAUUGAUUGCAAGGGCUACGAGGAACCCUGUCACCACAGAAAGAAGUAUCACGGCUGAUGUGGGAUCGACGCAGUACACUUGGAAUAAAUUUGCCAUGCAACAAUGGGUUGCUUUCCUGGCCAUUGAACAAAGAGAUGUACGACAGGAUGGUGUGCUUGAAGAGAUCACAAAGAUCAAGAAAAUUAAAUCUCAGGUUUAG